AUGGGCCAAUGAUAUUCAGAAUGGAUUACAACAGAAAAGUUUUCAUGGGCCUGAAGUUGACUAGGUUACAGAUUGGGUCUGAUACGUAGAGCAGGUGAGUACAGUAGUUUGCAUUUCAGUGGGUAAAACAUUUCCCAAAUGAAAAAUGGCAAUGACGAAACAGUGUUUACAAAAUGUUUGAACUGCUGCUGGAGCUGUCUUUAUAAAGUGUCCCUGUCUCUGAUGGCUGCACGCUGCUCUGCAUUGGAUGUUUGUGUGUGCGCAACGUCGUGAUAGUUUGGUAAACCAACAGUCUUGUUUGUCUUUUUGAUGUGUUUCUACUAAAUGUAUUGUGGAUGUAUAGUAUACUGUGUAUCUUGCUACUGGCUGAAUAUUUGAACUUCGUAAAACAGACACUUAGAAUAUAUAUGUAGACACAGUCCAGUCUUAGAUGAGUUACUGAAUUUUGCAUUUUUACAUAAGCUGAAAAUACUGAACUUACAAUAGAGGAAUACAUGGCAUCCAAUAGCUCACUGGUUGGUGUUGGACUGUCAGUGCUCCAGGUCAAUUACAGGGUCAUUUUAGUUCAGGUUUUGGUCACAGUUUUUCUUUGCAUCAACAGUUUUCUAAUCAUAACCUUUUUCUUGAAGGAUUUCUUCUACACGACCAUGCGUUACAUCUUAUUUGCUACCACAUUGCUGUCUGAUUGUCUGUUUUUAGUAAUGACUGAUGUCCUACUCAUUCUGAGCUAUUUCAAGGUCACCAUACAAAUGUGGUUGUGUGUUAUUAUAUAUGUUGUUAUGUCCGUAUACACGUUUGUCACGCCUGUCAGUCUCACAGCGAUGACCCUGGAGCGCUACGUGGCCAUUUGCCUGCCGCUGCGUCAUGGAGAGCUGUGCUCCAUGCGCAGUGCUCUGCACCUUAUCCUCAUCAUUCAUGGCCUCAGCUCCAUACCCUGUGUUGUUAUUCUCUCCAUUUUCUUUGCAUCAGCAACUCACGCCUUCUAUAUCCAGAACCGAGUGUGCUCUGUGGAGAUAUUCAUCUUUCACAGCUGGCAGGGUCAUCUUAGAUCAGCCAUCAGUCAGUUUUACUUCUUGAUCAUGUGCAUCACUAUCGUUUUCUCCUACGUUAAAAUAAUGACAGUGGCCAAAGCUGCGUCAGGAGAGAAUAAAAAGUCGACAUGGAAAGGGCUCAGGACAGUGGUUCUUCACGGUUUCCAGCUGCUGCUCUGUCUUAUCCAGCUGUGGUGUCCAUUCAUAGAAUCUGCUGUACUUCAAAUGAACUUUAUGUUAUUUAUUAAUAUCAGAUACUUUAAUUACAUAACUUUUAUUCUUGCUCCUAGAUGUCUGAGUCCUCUCAUUUACGGUCUCAGGGAUGAAAUGUUCUUUCAUUCACUGAAAUACUAUGCUCUGUGUGGCUCGUACAAAAAACAAGCACCAGGCUAA